UCUCUCUCUCUCACCUCCUCCUUAGCUUCUUCUGUCUUCUUCCUCGUCCUUUUCUCUGUAUCUAGCCGCCCUCUUCUCCUUCUCGAUCACCAUCUUUUUCUAAACGCAAUCUCACCUUGUCACUGGUCUCAAGAUGGGUUCAAUCACCAAACAUCCAGCGGUGCCAAGAUGAUCGCCUUGUCUCCUUCUUCCCGACGACGACGACACUGCUGCAGAUCGAGGCGGAUAGAUUGAACCCAAAAGAAGACGAUCAUUUGGAUAUUUCCACAAAUUAUUUCAAGAUCUAAUCUUUUCGGCAAUUUUGGCACUUUUUCUCAGGGGAUUUAUCGACGAUCUGAUCUGACUCUUUCCUUAUUCUCAGCACUAAGCAAGCACACAAUGACUUCAAUUUUGGCCAAGGGGGGUAGCUGCAGCAACAAUCAAGUCUUUCCUUUGAUGUCAAACCAAGAAAACGGAACAAGGAAUAAGAGAAAAUUUCAGCCUGAUACUUCUUCUGGGGACCUGAAUAAGGUAGUAUCUGUAUCUGAUUGGCCAAGUUAUGAGUUCUCAGCUAACAAAAUCGAGAAAACCCAAAACCAUGGACAAGGCAAUGUAUGUGCUGGGUGUGGCAUUAUGCAUGACCAUUCAGAUGCUAAAUUAAACCUUGCAUUGUCUACUGCAGUUGGAUCAUUUCAGGUUGGUCCAAGCCGACCCCGAGAGGAAAUAGAUGCAUAUGAUGAGUUCCGUGAUAUAACUGAUUGGAGUGAUCUUACAGAAUCGCAACUGGAAGAGCUUGUCUUAAUGAACCUCGACACCAUGUUCAAGAGUGCAAUCAAGAAAAUAAUGGCUUUUGGUUACAACAAAGAAGUUUCUACUAAAGCUGUAUUAAGGUCGGGCAUCUUAUAUGGAUGUAAAGACCCUGUCUCAAAUAUAGUUGAUAAUGCUAUAACAUUCAUUAGAAAUGGACAAGUCAUUGAUCCAACUAUAGAGCACUACUUUGAUUGUUUGCAACAAAUGGAGAAGUAUACAUUGGUUGAACUGGUCUGUAUCUUACGUGAUAUCAAACAUUUGAACAGCACUGGGAAUGCCUUGUGGUGCUUGUUAAUUUGUGACAUGAAUGUUACGCAGGCUUGUGCAAUGGAUGUUGAUGCAUCGAAUAGUUUAGUCACUCACGUUGAACCAAAUCAAAGUGACUCUUCUCCUCCUAUUCAGGCUCAAUUGGGAAGUGAACUCGCAGUAGGCUCAGAAUGUUGUUUAUCAAAAAAAUCCUCUAACAAGAAUCCAUCACUUGUUGCCAAUGGUACCUGUCAGUGUGAACCCAACAUCACAUGUUCAACUCCUAUAGCAGAUAAUUAUCAGCCGGACUUUGUAACACCUAAGAGUUCGUUUGUUUUAAAUGGAAGGAAUGACAAUAAGACUCCAGCUUUUGAUGACAUCGAUAAAUCCUUUGUUUCUGGCAAUACAGCCUAUUGUCAUGCUCCUGGUCAGAAGUCUGCAACUAGUAGUAGAAAAACUUCGGGCAUUUCUAAGAGAGACCAUAUACUUCGGCAAAAAUCACUUCAUAUGGAGAAAAAUGGCCGUCCGUAUAGCUCUAAAGGGAGCAGCGGUUCAAGGAAAGUAUAUGGUUUUGGAGGUUCGAUUUUGGACAAGAAAGUGAAGCCAGUGUUAGAUUCUAUGUCUCAUAACCUGAAACAUGCAUCAUUAAAUGCAAGCAAGAAUGCCCCUCAGGAUAACAAACCCCAUAACUUAUCUGCAACAUUUAAUAACCCGGAAGCUGUUAAAGUCGUUUCCACCUCAUAUAGUAGUACCAAUAUACCACUGAUUGCACCUUUAACUUCCAGUAGCGUAUCUUCUUUACCUUUAGCCAACACAGAGCUUUCACUUUCAUUUCCUUCGGGAAACUAUUCACAUGGAAAUGGAAAUUCUGGGAUGCCAAAUGAUCAGAGUAUCAACAACUGGAUAGCACAAAGCAAGAAGGAUGAUAUGAUUUUGAAGUUGGUUCCAAAAGUCAGGGAACUGCAAAAUCAGCUCCAGGAAUGGACAGAAUGGGCCAAUCAGAAAGUUAUGCAGGUAACUCGUAGAUUGAGUAAAGAUAAAGCAGAGAUCAAAACACUAAGACAAGAUAGAGAAGAAGUGGAAAGAAUUAAGAAAGAGACUCAAACUUUGGAGGAAAACACAAUGAAGAAGCUCCCUGAGAUGGAGAAAGCAUUGGGAAAAGCUGGUGGACAGGUAGAGAAAGCUAAUGCUUCUGUUCGGAGACUUGAAAUGGAAAAUGCAGUUUUGAGGCAAAACCUGGAGGCUGCUAAACUGCAAGUUGCCGAAUCUACUACUACCUAUAUGGAGGUAUUAAAGAGGGAGAAGAAGUCGCUGCAAAAAUUUCAAACACGUGGGAAGGAAAAUACCUUGUUUCAUGAAGAACUUACAUCUGAUAAGCACAUGUUGGCUCAACUUCAACAAAAAAUCGAACAAGCUAAAGAUGUUAAAGAGAAACUUGAGGAAAGAUGGAAACGGGAAGAGAAGGCAAAGGAAGAAUUACAGUGUCAUGUGAAUUCAAUUAGAAAAGAAAGAGAGGAAGCAGGAAGGUCGUAUAGAUUGAAGGAAGAUGACAUUAAAGUGAAAAUAGCUUGUAGUAUGCAAAAGUACAAAGAAGAUGUGGCGGGACUUGAGAAAGGAAUAUCAGAACUGAGGUUAAAGAGUGAUUCAUCAAAAAUAGAAGCUUUAAGAAGGGGCAUAGAUGGAAGUAAGUCAGUAGUUUCUAAGGAAGAAUUGGAAAUGGUGGAUUUGUUGUCGGGAAUAGGGAGGAUGCAUUUGCAGGAACUGGAUGAUCGAGAGGAGGAUGAAUACUGUGUGAAACGGGAGAGAGAAUGCGUAAUGUGCCUUUUCCAGGAAAUGGUAGUGGUUUUUCUUCCAUGUGCUCAUCAAGUAGUGUGUGCUGCAUGCAAUGAACUCCACAAGAAACAAGGAAUGACAGAAUGCCCGUCCUGCAGGGCCUUCAUCGAGCAACGUAUUUAUGUACGCUUUGCUCAUACUUGAACUUAUCACCAUUCACUACACACCCUAUUUUAUAUAUUAUAUAUAUAUAUAUAAUGUUCAUUUGGUUCUCUAUGUUUGUGUGCUAAAUAAUGGCAUUUUGAUGAACAAGGAUGAAAAGGGGAGUCUUUUCGAAUAAUUCAGAUUGCUUCCCUUCAUUCAAAACAUUGUAUGAAUGUGUCAUGAUUGUUUUUGGCACACUCCAAUUUGGACUAUACUGGUUUCUUUAAUAAAAAAAAAUAUACUAUUGAUAUU